AUGCACGCCCGCUGGGCUAACAUCCUCCUGGAAUACGACUUCGAGAUCGUGCACCGAAGCGGUCUCAAGAAUCUGGAUGCGGACGGGCUCUCGGGGAACCCUCUCCCAUCAGAUCACGACUCAACAGACGCUCGAAUGGACCGUCGCGUUUCCGAACCUGAAUUGGGUAUCAUUUCUGCUUGCUUGGCAAGACUGGUCGGCCCCACAACUGACGAGGACUCGGUUGUUCGAGCCAUGCCCGCCGCGCUGCCCGCCGCACCGCCGCGUGACCAGCCGAUCGAUCCAGAGUUUCCGGUUAACCUCGACCGCGAUAUCCGGCACGAUGAGCCGCGCGUGAACCUCAUUCGCCGCGUGCACCUGGAUGUGGGACACUACGGCGUCAAAAAGACGUACUCCUUGCUCGAGCCCAUAUAUUGGUGGGUCGGGAUGUAUAGAGACGUCCAGAAGGAGGUCAGCACUUGUGUGGUCUGCGACCGCGUCAAGGCCACCUUCGAGGUGAAGGACCCUGAGCUAAAACCUCUGCCAAUCAUGGGCAUGUUUUACCGUUGGGGGAUCGAUCUUUUCAAGAUGCCCUUCCCCUCUGCCGCCGGCAACCAGUACGUGGUUGUCAUGAUCGAGCACUUUUCGAAGUGGAUCGAAAUUGCCGCAAUUCCUGCAAAGACUGCAGAGAACGUGAAAGCCGCGUGCAUCGAGGUCUCGGCACGCUACGGCGCGCCAGCAGAGGUCUUGACAGACCAGGGAACCGAGUUCGAGGGCCUCUUUGCCGCGCUCCUUCUUGCGCUGUACAUCGACCACUGCAUCACAUAG